GUACAAACACAUUGAAACAAAUUUUGGGUUCAAAUCAGUUAUAGAUUUGAUUGCUUUUAAUUGUAUUUCAUCAAUUUUGUAACGAAGUAACAAAAAAAAACAAUGUUUCUUUUAAGAAGAACAAUCAAUCAUAUGAAUCGAUUCAAUUCGAUUUUAUCUAACGAAUCGUCUAUAAAUUAUUCUCGUCGUUUUCUUUCAUCAAUAGAACCGGGAAAAGCUCAAUAUAAUCUUGAAUCAAAAAUUGCAUUGGUCACCGCAUCAACCGAAGGAAUCGGAUUUUCAAUUGCACAACGUCUUGCACAAAGUGGUGCAACAGUCAUCGUUAGUAGCCGUAAACAAACGAAUGUUGAUCGUGCCGUUAAACAAUUGCAUGAUGAAGGAUUUAAAUCAGCUACCGGUUUAGCUUGCCAUGUUGGUAAAGCUGAUGACCGUGAUAAAUUAACACAGUUUGUUGUUGAUAAAUAUAAAGGUUUGGAUAUUUUUGUUUCCAAUGCAGCUGUCAAUCCGGCCAUCGGUCCCAUACUUGAUAGUGACGAAAGUGUCUAUGAUAAAAUUAUGGAUGUCAAUGUUAAAGCACCAUUCUUGUUGACCAAAGCAUUAGUACCGCAUAUGGAAACCCGUCCAGGUGAUAAAGCAAUUGUUUAUAUUAGCUCAUUCGCUGGAUAUCAAAUGAUGCCUUUAUUGGCCACAUAUUCAUUAUCAAAAACGGCACUUAUUGGUCUUUCUCGAAUCGUAGCUGCUGAUUGUGCCAGUCGAAAUAUUCGUGUUAAUUGUGUUUGUCCUGGUCUGAUAAAAACAAAAUUCAGUGAAGCUUUAUGGCAGAAUCCAGAUUUUGAAGAUGAAUUUCAUAAAAUGGUUAUGAUAAAACGAAUGGGUAAACCAGAAGAAAUGGCCAAUGUCGUGACGUUUUUGGCAUCAGAAGAAGCAUCGUAUAUUACGGGUGAAAGUUUUGUUGCUGGUGGUGGAGUAUUUUCUCGUUUGUAAUGAUAAUCAUGAUCAAAUCAAAUGAAAUAUGAUCCAAAUGGAAUGAUAAUAAAUUUUUUUUUUUAAAUUAAUGGUAAACUUUGGAGUAAUUUUUUUUUCAGAAAGGGCGUCAACAUUUAAAUGGGUUUGCCACUAUUUAUAUUGUAUUUUUUUAUUAUCACGUGAACAAAUUUGGAACCACCCAUAAACACCAAAAUUGAAUA